GUUCUUAUUAUUUUGCUAUGAUUCAUGCAAAUUGUACUGUAUGUAGUUGUUAGGAAUACAAUCAGUUACAUCAUCUUAACCUCAAGAUUUUCUGAACAGCAUUCUGAUGUUAGCUAAUUAAACAGCAAUGUCUGAUUAUAAGUUUAUAAACAUUUGAAAAAAUAUAGUUAAUCUGUUCUCUUAAUAAUGUGUGAUUUUAAGAAUACAAAUAUUACUUUGAUGUUUAAUUCCUCGUUUAUUAUAUAAAACAUGGAUCCAGAAGUUAAAUAUCCACAUUUACUUGGUAGUUUGUGUGCACAGAUAGCAAUUAUUAUAUAUUUAUUCGUAAAACAAACUAAGUAUGUUGGCUCUGAUAUUAUUCAUUUUUGACUGAGAAAUAAAUACAGUUUUAUACUCUAUAAGUUUUAGAUCCACUAUUCACAUAUUUUUGUAAUUUGUGAUAGCAAAAAUUAAAUUAUUUUAACCAGUAAAAAAAGAAAGCAUUAAUAAACUCAAAGCUCUACACAUUUAAGCUAUUUUCUAACUACAAAGGGUUUUUAAAGAAGUACCUUGCCAAUGGUGGAUUCCAAUAACUGAUAUUCUUUAUUAAUCAUAAAAAACCGUUACAUUAAUUUUAACCAGAAUAAAAUGUUUUAUGAGGAAAACAGGUUUUCAAUGUAAUAUGAAAAUACUCUGGGAGAUACUCAUGUAACUUGCUACAAUCUGAAGUUCACAAAUUACUGCAUGAAAGUAUACAGAAAUGGUAUUUUAGUCAUAUUUUUUCUAGUAUAUAAUGGAGCCCACAUUUUGUAUUUCUCCGACCUAUUGGUAGAGUCUUGAAAAUAAUUUAAAGCUCAUUUGAAUUGAUGUAGAAAUUGAAAUAUAUCAUGCUAUUUAUUUUUACCUAUAGUGCGUUUGUCAGAAUAACUGGAAAAUUAUAAUUCUAUAAUUAAAAAAAAAGUAAAAAGGCAGUGGGAAGAUGUGACUUACUUUUGAAUAUGAUGAUCAUUCAAAGAUGACUGUCUUGCCAUUUCUCUUAGAAUGCUUCUGGUUUUAAUGAUUUGAAGAAGGAUGUGAAUUCUUUGAGAACUGUAACCAUUUUGUGCCCCACCCCCCACCGUGUAAACCUACAGCUCUUUACCAUAGUGUACUUACGUGCUCUGAAAAUUUCUGUUGAAUGGUUGAUUAUAUGGGUGAAUAAAUGAGUAUUUAAGACAUGAGUGUAGAAGAAGUUGUGGCACUUAGGAAUGAAGGGGAGGGGUACCUAUUAAAAAUGCAUUUAUAUAAAGAUUGCAAGAAAGGCUUGAAAUUACACGCGGGGCCUUUAAAAUACAGCCCAGCAACUAUCAGACAACUCCAAAGAAUUAUGGGAUCAGGUGAUAGGCUGGUAGGAUCAAGUGAGAAGCUGGUUGGUCCUGAUUGGCUGGAGGCAGCAGCAUUCCAGUAGCUGAUUGGCUCCACACGAUCCCGUGAGGCUGCUUGCGUCACCACACAUCGAAGCUUCUGGUGGUAGCCCUCCGUAGAGGUCAGAGCCCACCUGAGGACUUCACUGACUGGAGCGAAAACCUACGUCCUCAUUUCUCAGAGCUCUCCUUAAGAUGAGUAAUAAUGGUUUUGUUAGCUAUGGCAGCGUCUCUGCUGUGGGUGGAGCUAUUGGAAGCAAUGAUCAACCAUUUCAGGGUGGUGCAGCUCCUGCUACUAAGGCCCCAAGAUCCAGGGUCCGAAUCCAGGAUAUUAUACCUUGUUGUGUAAACCAGCUGCUCACCUCCACCCUGGUUGACAAUGUCUUCAAGAUUAGGGGAAUUCAAGUUUCCCAGGCCUCUGUUGUGGGGAUAAUCAGAAAGGCAGAGAGGGCUUCCAACUACAUUCUUUACAGAAUUGAUGAUAUGACCACCAAGCCUUUUGAGGUCCGCCAGUGGCUCGGAAGAAAUAAAGCAAAACAGGGGAUGUCUCUUCUUCCAGUGGGAGUAUAUGUCAAGGUGAUCGGUAUCCUCAAAUGUUUUAAAGAAGUAAAGGGCCUCAAGGUAUUGAAUAUCCGAGUCCUGGAGGACAUGAAUGAGUUCACCACACAUAUUCUGGAAACAGUCAAUGCACAUAUGAUGCUGGAUAAAGCCCACCAAGUGGCCUCUGGGCCCAGUGCGCCUGUUGUCCCAUCAAAAAUAGAUGAGGUCCAGAAAUAUGGGGAGUACUACCACCUCGACUUCAUCCACAAGGAAGUUCUGCGUUUGAUCCAUGAAUGUCCUCAACAGGAAGGGAAAAGUGUACAUGAGCUCCAGACCCAGCUUCACAGCCUGAGCGAGAGGGCCAUCAAGCAAGCCCUUGAGUAUCUGACCGUUGAGGGCUACAUCUACUCCACUGUGGACGAAGAGCAUUUUAAAUCUGCUGAUUGAAGCGAUGAAAAGAUUUUUCAUUUUCCAAAGAUCCUUGCCUCCAUCUGUGAGUGAGUUUAACCUGUUGACUUUUAGGAAGUAGAUUUUUUCAACAAAAUAUCUCAACUGGCAUACUUUGGAAACUCACUGCUUUUCCAAAUGCUUUGAAUUUUUCUGUUUUUCUAACUGUGUUUAAAGCUCAGAUGGAGAUGGUGAUGGAUAAAUUGACUGGACUUUUUGUAGGAUUUACCAGCAAGAAAAUGAAAACAGUCCUGGAUGAAUGAAUUUGAGAGAGAAAAGGUACAGAAAGAAAUUGAAAAUUAUUAUUUGUUGUGUGGGAGUUUCUUGUUUUGAAAUAUCCAUGUAUUUGCUGAAUAUAGAUGCAGUCAGGGAACCAGUUAAGAGAGAAAAACAAAAAUUCUGUUGUUUUUACAUUAGACUUAUUUUCUGUGUUUGGAUUUAGCUUAUACUCCUAUUAUCUCUUGCUAAAUAUAGUAAUUGAUUAAUCUGAAUGUGCUAAAGAGAGCAAUUUAUGAAUUCAAAUACUCAGUUCAAUAUUGAUUGAGCUGCUCUUAUUACCAUAGAUUUGUUUUAAAAAAAUAAAAUUAUGUUAUGUUUAAUUGCUCUUAUUACCAGUUUUAUGUUUUUUAAAAAAUAAGAUUAUACUACUUUUAAAUGCCAGCUCUUAUUAACAUAGGUUUAUGUUAAAAAAUAAGAUUAUAACUAAAUAACAGCAAACGUAGAUUGCACUAUGUUCAAGUAUACUGUUUAAAAAAUAAAAUUAUACUAUGAACAUUUUUUUCUUAAAGUAUGAUGAGGUGAUUAUUUCAAAUAUAAUGUGAUAUUUGGAUUAAAUUACAGUCUAUUGUAGUUGCAUGGUACAUGGAUACCAGACUUAAUGUGAGUUUGAUGUUCUUAUGGAUUCUGUAUAGUACUAAAUGCUCAGUUUUAUUUGUAACAAAGGUUUAUUCUUACAGGUUAAGCAAACAAUUAAAAUUAAUUAUAGGAAUAUUAAGGUUAGUAAAUGAAAUCUUAUUUGAACAUUUUAUUAAAA